AUGGAGAGUCUAGCUACUUUUCUGCAGAGCGAUCCGACUCGGCUUCUUCAGCUUGCUAAAACGCUUCAUGAGAAGAAUGCUUUCGACAAAUCUUUGACGGAUUUUCAGCUACAAAUCUUGACCGAGGUAUUGCAACGAGAUAAUGUCAAGCUCUGGAGCAAUUUUCUUGACGGAAACUGCUACUUGAUGGUAUCCAAAAAUGAGGAUUCCGAUGCUACGGCGAAAGGCGACACCGACGAAAACAUUGAGGAAGGCAACGAAUGUAUCAAUCAAUUAGCGCUCCAUUUGCGCUAUCUUCUCUGGGAAAAAGCGAUUGACUAUUACUAUGACAAGAAGAAGUUGCAAGAAGGACUUCCGAUGCCGGUGAUCGAGGAGUUGUCGGAUGAAAGCGAGCUAAUAGAGUCGCUCGACCAAAUUCCAAAUACUGCUGCUAACAAUCAAGACACGUCGGCUGCGCCAGCUCAAAAAACUGUCAGAGACGAAGAAGAUGAUUACGAUGAUGACGACGAUGAGCUGGAUGAUAUGCCCACUGCCAAUGGAGACGUUGAAGGGUCCAAAACCGCCCUCGAAUACAAUGAAGACGGUCAAGUCGUCUUAACCAUUCCCAAGGCAGUGUUUUCGAAAGCAUCAGCUGAUGAUUCUGAGCAAGAGCUAGAGAAAUCACAAUCUUCUGAAGACCUUUCAUCAUCUUCCGCGCUGUUGGAGGAGCAGGAAGCCAUGAUAAAGUCUUUUAACAAAGUCUACCAUAACUUCGAGUACGACCGUGAAACCUUGAUCAAAAGAAGAAAGCUCGAAAAGUCGGAUAUGCAACUUGAGUCCCUGAAGACUCUGGAGGACUCUGCAACCGGCAGCAUACCUAUUCACUUGGGUGUUGCAUCCCACUCAUUGAAGCAUUUACUUAGUGCCAUUCAAGAGAGAAGAGAAGACAUUGCCUUGAACGACUUCGAAUUGAGAAACUUGUUCAUGGACGUUCGCAAAAACCGAGGAAAAUGGGCUAAUGACGAACGUGUUGGACAGGAAGAGUUGUAUGAAGCGUGUGAGAAAGUUCUCUUGGAUCUACGUGGAUAUACCGAGCAUUCCACGCCUUUUUUGAAUAAGGUAUCGAAACGUGAAGCUCCAAACUAUGGUCUAAUUAUCAAGGAGCCCAUGGAUUUGAAUACUGUCAUGAAGAAGUUGAAGGGAUUAUCCUAUAACUCUAAACAGGAAUUUGUGGACGACUUGAUGCUCAUUUGGAAUAAUUGUUUGACAUACAACGCCGAUCCGAAGCAUUUCAUGAGGGCACAUGCAAUUGCCAUGCAAAAGAGAACUCAGAAGCUCGCACCCUCCAUUCCUAACAUUGUCAUUAAGAACCGUUCGGAGAUCGAGAAAGAAGAAGAGUUAGACGCCGACACAAAGGCAUCUACGCCCGCGAUUAAAGGUGGUAAGUCAUCCAAGAAGGGAAGAAUGAGAAAAAGAGAGGACAUCAUUAAGGCUGAGGAAACCGAAGGUGUGAUUAGUCUACAACUGUCUGAGGCUACUUCUACAGCGGAUACACCAAUCGUUACUGAAGAAGGUACUCCACUACCGACUGACGAUAAGUCUGCCGAAUUAAAUGGUGGAGAAGAAAACGGUGAAGAAGAGGAGGAAGAUGAAGGAGAGGGUGAAGAUGAAAUGCGUGGAGUGGAAGAAGAUGAAGAGAAAGAUCCAGAAAUGCAAACGUGGAAGAAUCUCACUGCCAAAUCCAGAGCUAACUACUGCGCAACCAGAGCUGCGUUAUUUGAUGAAGAUAAUAAGCUCAAAAUGGAUGCAGAAGCAAUCAUUAGAGAUCCUUCUAAAAUGAGCAACUUCAAUCAGUUUUUGAGCUUCAAAGAAGUUGUCUCUAAAGGCAACAAAUUGCUCGACAAUGAUGAGCCGUACUUGCUUGAGUAUGAUGUUGCAGGUGGUGUUCCAGGACUCCAGUUCUCAGGGUUGGAUGAUGAAGCACAACAAAAGUUUGAGAAUGAUAUGGUUGAUGUCAUUUUACAGAACUCAGAUGGUGACCCCAAUGAUAAAUCAUCAGAGCUCAUUUUGCCCACUGAUGCUGGACUUAACAAACUAUACACAAACAACAUCACCGAAAUCCAAGAGAUUCGAAAGAUCUGUUUCAAGAUUUCAUUGAUCAGACAAAUGCAAACGCAGCAAUUCGUGCACCGGACUCAAAUGCGCCAACCCGAAAUUGAGUACAUCAAAGAAGUCGACAUCGAUCCCGUUUCCAAAUUGUCUAACCAUGAUAUCUACAACGAACAGGUUCAAUUUGCUGCGCUCAGGAAAGGUAUUGCUAAGAUCGCUAUGCAUACGGGUUUUGAAACCACAGAACCCUUUGCCAUUAAUACUCUUGCACAGCUUGCAGAAAAGUACAUGCUGAACUUGGCAAAGAGCAUGAAACUCCAUUGUGAAUCCACCACCAGCAACAAAUUGGGUGACCGGGAUGUUCUUCUACUUUCUCUUCUCGAGAAUGGAGUGGAGAAGCCAGAUGAUUUGUUUACGUUUGUGGAGGAGAAGGCUAAGAAGCAUGAAGGUAAGCUUAAGGAUUUGCGUAUGAAGCUUUCAGGGUUUCUCAAGGACUUGCUUCGGCCCUCAUUGGAGAGCUUCAAUGAGAAAAGUUUCGAAGAUAACAGUGAACAGUUUGCGACCGGAGACUUUACAAGCGAGCUUGGAGACGAUUUCUUCGGCUUCAAGGAGUUAGGCCUCGACAAAGAAUUCAAGAUGUUAUCCAGCUCUAUUCCUGUUUACUUGUUGCAUUCUCGACUCCAGAGCUCGCUAACCAACGCUGGAUCAGCCAACAAGGCUACACGCUAUGAGGACUUGCGUGACUGGAAGCAGAAGCAAUUGACUGUUUCUGACGUGGGCUCACAGAUUGGUUUAUUGCAGCCCUUCUAUUGGGAGUUGGUGCAGAAGACGGAGGUUCACUAUGCCAAACAGCAAAAGAGAAAGGGCGAGAGCACUGAGUUGCCUCCACCGUCGCAAUUGUAUUUGAUGGAAGACGAAGAGCUUCCACAAAAACAGAGGAAUAUCCGUCCACGUCUUCCACCCACGGGCAAGAUUGCAGCUGUCAAGAAGAAGAUCUUGUCGAGCGCAUACAUCUUGCCGGAAGAAGAUGAAGAUGCAGAAGAAAUGGAUACGAGCGACAUGUUUGACUUGAAGAGCGAGAUCAAGAUGGAGGCAUAA